AUGAAAAGUUACACAAUUAUCUCCGUAGUUCUAUCAAUUUAUUUUUUGAGCAUAUUUUCUGAAUCUAGUAAGUUCUUUUUUUUUUUUGAGAAAUAAUAAAAUGAGGAUUCAUAAGAAAAUGAGGAUUUUCAGAUGGUGUGUUAUUACAAAACGUGCCAAUUUCCUGUGUCUAUGUUUCUCUAAAUUACAUCGAUACAGCAAUGCUCGUUAUCACCUCCUGCCUAACGUUAACCGCAUUUUUCUCCACCAAUAUUUCGCCAAUUUUCAAACGGAAAAUCUCAACAAUUCACCUGCUAGCAGUAUUGAUUGUAAAACUUUUGGCUUGCGCUAUAAGUAUCCCAAUUCUCAUGAUCUACAAAGACCGGGCAAUUGACAUAGAUUCUUAUGAGAAAAACUCAUUUCUUCUCAAUAUCCCUAGAAUUUUUGAUGGUUUGAUAACCAGCACGCUUUAUGUUUUUAUUAUUUGGUGCAAUAAACAUUGAAUUUUCGCACCUGACUAGAAAUUGUCUGAAACACUUUAGAGAACUCACGAGGGAAGUGUGAGGAGAUUUUCAAUGUGACAUAGAUGUUUCUGUACAGUUUUUCAGCGGUCUUGAGAGCCCAUAACUCAUUUUAAAGUUUAUCCUAUCGAAAACUUUUUUUUUAAACUUGCAGAAAAAAAGUUUUGUGGCUCACAAUCAGAAAAUAGGCCGAAGUUGCACAUUUUUGGAAAAUUUUGUCAAAACUGUUGAGUUUGAUGAAUCCUGUACUCUUUUUGAUAACAUUUUUUCUAACAUGAGUUACGGGUUAUCAAAAACGAGAUUUUCAGAAAAAUCUCAAAUUUCGGCUUUGUCAGAAUGCGAAUUAUCGCAAAUAAUAGUUUUCUCGAUAUUGAAGAAAUAUUCGAUGACAAAGUUUUUCUUUCCGUAAUAAAUUUCGUGAUUUUGAGAGAUGUUAUAUUUAUCCUUUGCUUCAUUAUGAAUCUACACUUGAAGCGACAAAUCAAAAUAAUCAAGCAAUUUUAUUAUUUAUUUGUUAUCACAAUGGGAUUAACAGCAACUAUUUUCGUCGGCAAUAUCAGUUACUUUAUUCUAACUAUUUUCGAGAAACAUGAAUUUAUAAAGUCGAUUCUAUUCAUACUUGUAACAUUACUUUUUCUAAUUUAUGUUCUCAGCUUUAUGUUUCACCUAUUCGCCUCGUCUUAUUUAACAUUUCUCACCUUGAUCUUCUCAAUCGAUUUGAUUUAUAAUAUUCCAAGUUCUAUUCCAAUUUUUGGCUUUUCGUUCAGAUUUAUGAAACCUUACAUGAUUUCUAUAUUUGUGUUAUCUAUAUUUUCCAUGAUUCCACUUAAUAAAUACAGUAUGUAUUUUUUCUGUGAAAAUUUUAGUCAAAAGCUCUUUUUUUCAGAUGGUGUUUUGAAACGAAAUAUAGAUAUAGAUUUUCAUUCAUGUAUUAUAACCCUAAAUUACAUUGAUUUGGUUAUUGUAGCUUUAUCAUUUUUCUUGACUCUAUACGCUUAUUUAAAACCUAAAGCUUCACAAUCUUCAUUAAAGCGCAAAAUAUCUUUGAUGCAUAAUUUAACUGUUUUAUCGGUUAAGUUAAUAAUCUACACAUUCCUUAUUCCUGUAUUCGUUAUUUUUGGAACUGAAGUGGAUCCAUCAUCCAUAUUUCCAAUAGAUGUCUUCAGGUUUUGUGAUGGUUAUAUCACUUCUACAAUUUAUUCAAUCGUUAUUUUGUUUUUGGGAAAAGUUUGGUAAGAAAGCGAGUGAUUUUUUUCACCUGUUUCUGAAAACUUUAGAAAAAUCAUUAUACGCAUUAUCAUGAACGAUAGUUUUCUAGAAUAUGAAGAAAUAUUCAAUAACAGUGAUUCAGUGAUUGCAUCAAUUUUGUUAAUUUUGAGGGAUGUUAUAUUGAUAACAUGUUUUAUUAUUAAUCUAUUUUUUGAAACGACCAACAAAAAUAAUCGAGCAAUUUCACACUUUGUCUGGCGUUUUAAUGGUCCUUACAACAACUAAUUAUUUGGGAAUUAUCUGUAGCUAUGCUCUAUUUUACUUCGGUCAAACACUACACCCAAUUGGCCCUUUAGUUGCUGUCAGUUAUGGAAUAAGUGUUUAUUUUUAUCUAUUCGUAUCUCCAUAUAUCACAUUUCUCACUAUAUUUUUCUCAAUUGACUCAAUUUUCAAUAUUCCAAAUACUUUUCUAUUUUUGGGAUUUCGCUUUCGAGUUAUGCAAAUUUACAAGAUUUUGAUAUUUUUGUUAUCGAUAUUUUUCAUGCUUCCAAUUUAUCAGUACAGUAUGUGAAAGAGUACUUAUUUUAAAUUUUAGGAAUAUUUUUUUUUCAGAUGGUGUUUUAAUACGUGACUUGAAUUUGUUGUAUUUCGCGAUAACACUGAACUUCAUUGAUAUGAUUUUUGUAAUCUUGGCAUUUUGCAUAACUUUAUACUCCCAAUGUAAACCUAAAGCUUCACAAUCUUCAUUGAAGCGAAAAAUAUCUGUGAUGCAUAAUCUGAUUGUUUUAUCGGUUAAAUUGAUAGUUUAUGCAAUCGCAAUUCCAGUAUUUGUUAUUUUUGGAACUGAAGUUGAUCUAUCAAUCAUAUAUCGAUUUGAAAACGAAACACCCUUAUAUAGAUGUUUUCAGAUUGUGUGA